CGACGACAAGUAGACUAAUGCUACGGUUUUUUAACUGUUCAAGGAACGGGAGAUCAGCUUGAACAAUAUGGAAUUCUCUUAAUGGAUUAUGAACAUAUAGGUCAAAGGACACGAAAACAACUUGGUCUAGUUUCCUCGGAUCGUUGGGCAAAUGGUUUGUUUUCUUUGGGUAUAAUCUCGCGAUGAAUAGCAAAUCUCAACUCGAGUUCUAUACUUAGUUAGGCCCGAUCUCCAUGGACUACAGUGUGUCGGUUUACGCAAGGAUUAUAGAUACGCCAGCAUGUCUGCGACGAGUGAGCAUCGUCCCGAUGGAGAACAAGAGCCCGAUGACCAGCAGAGGGGGAGCGAAGAGGGUAAGAAGGACGGGGAACAAGAGGAGCAGGCCGAGGAUGUGGCAGUCAUGAAAGAUGAAGCCAGAGACAAGGAAGAAGUUUUCCGGAAGAUCUUCCAACUUGUCGCGACGUACAUUGAUCACCAUCUCAUAGUGGAAAGCCUCUCCAAGGAACUUGGCCUGACACCGGACGACCAGGAAGUCCUUAGAGUGUCUUGUAUUGGCCAGAAGAUGACAGUCCUGGUCGAGAAGACCCUGUGGGCUUGGCAUGACCGAGAUGAGAAGGGGGCAUCUGCAGAGAAGUUGGUGAUAGCUUUGAGGAGGAUGAGGCUGCAUAAGGCCGCAGACAGCGUUGAGGAAUAUUGCUUGAAGGUCCAUAAACCGCCAAGAAAGAAGACAAGGUCUAUAUUUAUAGUUAAUGAAGAGAAUCAAAAUGGUCAAAUAGAAACACAAGAAGAUGAAGAAGCUGACCAAGAUUAUGCGGUGAACGAACAGGAGAAGUCGCCUGGAAACGAAACGGAUAGAUCAGAGGCAGAGCUGAGAGAAGUGACGACCAACUUGAUCUACAGGUCACCAGGUCGGCAUAAAAGACAUAAAGGAGGGAACCUAUUCAUCCGAUUUUUCAUCGCCAUGAAACCGCGCCAAGAGACCACACAUACACCACUAGCGAAAGAGGGUGUGCAACCUUUGGUGCGUGCCUAUCAUGAUUACAUCAUCAAGGAAAGGCAACACUACCGGUUACUAUUGACAAAAGCAAUUGGUAUCAAUGGUGUAGAAGUUUUGGAAUACGUUGAUCGAGACAUAUGCAUCUUCAUCCACGUGUUUGUUCGAAAUAGCCACGAACUCCGACUCCUCCGCAAGUAUUACGACACCGACGUUUUACGUGACCGCUGCCAGGAGGUGCUGUUAGAUCAAAACACGUUGGACGAGACGAGGUUGUAUAACCUACCAAUGGAUUCUUGGAUCGAGGUUACGGAUGAGUCGUUCAGUGCAUGUCAGGAUGAAAUACGGCUGACAAGGACCGUGAAACAACAUGUCGAAAAGAAGAUGGAAGAGGAAAAAGAGCCUGAACCAGUCGUUGAGCAGGUGACGAAGGAGAUCUUACCACCUGCCCAUCAUUUCGACCACACUGUGAUCUUCAUAGUAGAAAAGAAGCCAGAACUCAUAGACAUGGCAGUAGUCCCGGGGAUAGAAAAUGGGCUCGUCCUAUUGGACAAAGAAGUACCGCGAGUUCUCGUUUGCCGAUGCUGGCGGGAUCGGUAUUCGCCGAAAAAGAAGAUCCUACGGACAGUUCGUUCAUUCACUGGCGACGGAAAGUAUAAAUUGCGCACACCAGUUGCUGUUGCAUCAUGGGAUAACUGGAUUGUAGUUGCGGAUAAAACGCGGGAAUGUUUAAUUUUCUAUACGCUCGAGGGCGAAGGUGUGCAUCUCCAGAAACUGCACAAACAACCGCUUGACAUUGAGAUGCGGGAGAAUCGACUCUGGCUUGCUUUCGAGGGUAGGGUGGAGGGCAACAGGCUCAUAGGAAGCCCGGAAAAUGAUGACUUCAAAUGGGAACUAUUUCGUUAUUCGGAUGUACCCUAUCUUUUCCCUGUUCACCUUAACGUUAACGAGCGCGGUGAUGUGUUUGUAGUUUCGCAGACCAACGCUGGGGAGCGCUACCUGUACAUGAUGGAAGCUAACCUAAUAAAGAGGCUCCAGGCGCCUGCCAAGUAUGACGCCGCCGGUCUCUGGGCAACAGCCUGUGACGACAAUGAAAGUGUCAUUACCAUAACGAACGCAGCGUUAGAGCGAGUAAAACUCAUCGAGUCUCCGCGAAGAUUCGACAUGGAUGAAGUCCAGCAGCUGUUUCCGAAAGAGCCCGAAGGCGACGAAAACGAGGUCAAGGAGAAAAUUAAUCGUCAACGGAAGCUUCGGCUAUGUUCGGGAUUUGCUUCGGUUGUUGACAGUGAAGGUGACUUGAUGAUAUGUCUGAGGAAAGGGGAGAUUAAAGUUUUCGAUAGAAAAGCAUAGUGUGACUGUUUGGGGGUUAUGGUGAAGUUGUGACUGACUCCUUUCCAUUGGGUUUUAGCUAGGUGAUAUCUCAGUCCACUAUAUACCAAUCCUUUUCCCAGCAACAGGAGACUUCCUUCGAUACAAUCCUGUUCAGAAUAGUGAAAUUGAUGAGCGCCAUGGGUUUUUGAAGAAUCCCAGUGUGUUGUGAAGUUCGACUCCGCAACCUGUGACUGAUCUGUUCCGGUACGUGAACCUAUCUCCCAAAGAAACCCAAGAAAGUGUCUUUAUUAGCGGAAUCGGUAUCUAGGAAAGUUUCUUUUCAAUAAAUAACCAUAUGC